GUCGUGCUGAACGAUUGACGGAUUGUCGUGAACUUCGGGAGUACUCUUUGUUGUCCACUGUCUGCUUGUGGCAUUGGCUUCUGAUUUUACGGGAAGUGGCCAGCACGACAAUCGAGAAGAGAUUGUUUCGUUGGAGUCAACAAUCGAUGCCGUCGCUCAGCCCUUCAACGUCUUCCCAACAUCGACUUCGUUGCAUAACAUCGCCGGGUCGGGAUCGAUCGAGAGAUAUCAACUGCCGAAACCCCUGAGGGACACGGUGACAAACCAGCUGGAUCAAAUGCAGCGUGAAUUUGCAUUCCGAUGUCGUGCACUAACUUCCCCAACACCUGCUGCCAAGUUGCCAGACGUCCGGCGACAAAACGACAAAGUUCCAAUUGACGGCGAAUUGGUCAUCGAGUGCCGGGACCGUGAGGACCGUGGGGACUCCGGCGUCAAUUCACGGCUCCAAUAAUCCAAUUAAAAGCACACCGAGGUGGAAUCUGGACCCACUUCAGCAGCGAACCAGAUAAGAUUGCCGCUCCUCUGGCCGGGUCCCGGCAUUCAUCCUUCCGUCGAUUGUUCGCUAAUCAUCGGUUCGGGCUGGGUCGAAGAUCUUAAGGCCAAUCUAAUACCGUGUGGCCAUCUCGUACCCGCACCACCGAGGUUUCGGUCUCACACCUUAGCCUUUAUCUGGCCAGUGGCCCUGGCCCGCUACACCUCUGGAGGCGAGUGUACGACACGAAACGGGUGGGCUAUAAAACCCGCACACGGAGGUCCUCGCAGGGCCAUUCGUUAGUUCCGGAUCGUACGCGUUGGUACCGAUUCUUUCCUGGUCUCGUCGUGCUCGUAGACAUACACACCCUGACACAAAAAUGUCGCUGGAAACGGUCAUCGAGAAGGUGAAGGCUCGCGUGGCCGCCGUCGAUCCGAACGGACCCCGAAAGGUGUUGGGAGUGUUCCAGUUCAACAUCAAGACGGCUUCCGGUGUCGAGCAGUACGUUAUCGAUCUGAAGCAGCUGAAGGUGGAGAAAGGCACGACCGCCACGCCGGAUGUGACCGUAGGGCUGAGUGUGGAGGACCUGGUGGCGGUCAGCGCCCGCACGCUGUCCGUGGGUGAUGCGUUGACGCAGGGCAAGCUGGACAUCCAGGGUGAUGCCACGUUGGCCUCCAAGCUGGCCGAGGUUAUCUGAGCUGUGCAACGCCCCGGUAUCCUGCCGGUGACCUAUGUGAUCUAGUGCGAGUCCCAUGCCAUGCCAGCGGUUCGUUUCGGUUAUGCUGUUUUUUUUUGGGUGUUUUCGAUAAGAAUGAUGGUUCGUUUCUCUGUUUAUUCAAUA